AUGGAGUUGCGGAUGUCUGGGCGCAUGAAACUCCUCUCGUCAGAUAUCCACAUCUAUCCUUUCUGUAUAUUGCAGAUCUUCAGCAAUCUCCUCGUCGACUUGGACAAGGAUUCGAAGAGCCCCGAUUGCUGGAACAGUCCAGAUAUGCGGCUCUCAUGGCUUAAUUUACUAUGCGUGGGCCUUUUGAAGCCAACCUCAGCCUCCGAUGAUGUUGACGUGCUUUCGGAGCUCGCAGCCGAAGCUUUUGAGAACGCACAUCGGACUGUAUCACGAUCCUCGAGUGGACACACUGGUCGUAGGACUUGUACGCUGGCAAGUCUUAGCAUCCGGCAAGAGUGGGGCUCUCUAUCAAAAUCUCAGCGCAAAGACUACAUCCGCGCAGUCCAAUGCCUCCAAAUCAAACCAACACGAACACCAUCAACACUUGCGCCCGGCGCAAAGAGUCGAUUCGACGACUUUGUAGUAACACAUCUCAACCAGACGCAAACAGUCCACUUUACCGGGAAUUUUCUCUCCUGGCAUCGAUAUUACAUCUGGCUGUACGAGAAAGCUCUCCGCGAAGAAUGCGGCUACAAGGGGUACCAACCAUACUGGGAUUGGUCUGUGACAGCAGAAACAGGUCUCCUUUCUAGUCCUAUUUUCGAUGGCUCGGAUACUUCCAUGGGGGGCAAUGGAGUAUAUUUAGGUAUUCGAUCAGAUAUUGUAUUAGGAGCCGGAUUGGACUUGCCGCCAAUUUAUCUUCCAACGGGUUCGGGAGGCGGUUGCAUCGAAAGUGGCCCGUUCAAGAAUAUGACUGUGAACCUUGGGCCUGUGGCUUUGGACUCGCCCGGUGGUGUUUCUGAAGGUCCUCCGAGUGGGAACCCUUUGGAUUGGAAUCCGAGAUGUCUGAGACGGGAUCUCACCGAUGCGGUUAACAGAAGAUGGGCGAAUGCGAGCUCCAUCGUGUCGUUGAUUUCGAAUUCGAAGAAUGUUCAUGACUUCCAGAUGACGAUGCAAGGCGUGCCUGGGUCGGGUGAGAUUGGUGUUCAUGGUGGUGGGCACUAUUCGAUAGGUGGCGAUCCGGCCAACGAUGUGUUUGUGAGUCCUGGCGACCCCAUCUUCUACUUGCACCACGCUAUGAUUGAUCGAGUCUGGUGGAUCUGGCAGCAUAUCGAGAACCCCUUCCAACGGCAGUUCAGUGAUGGAGCGAUCUCUGGGACAAGAACAUUUUGGGACAUGCCGCCUAGUGCAAAUGCCACACUUGACGACAUGAUCGACUUUCGGUAUGCUGCGGGCCCUGCUUGCCCCAUUCGAGAUUUAUUGUCCACCGUGGACGGGCCGUUUUGCUACGUAUAUCUGUGA